AUGUCCCCCGAGCGCGCACACACGCUGGCCACCGACCCGCCGCCGCGCAGCCCGGGACCGCCCAACCGCACUCACUUCCCUUUCUUCUCGGACGUCAAGGGCGACCACCGGCUGGUGCUGAGCGUCCUGGAGACCACCGUGCUGGCGCUCAUCUUGGCCGUGUCGCUGCUGGGCAAUGUCUGCGCCCUGGUGUUGGUGGCGCGCCGACGGCGCCGCGGUGCCACCACCAGCCUGGUUCUCAACCUCUUCUGUGCUGACCUGCUCUUCACCAGCGCCAUCCCGCUGGUGCUCGUGGUGCGCUGGACCGAGGCCUGGCUGCUGGGCCCGGUGGUCUGCCACCUGCUCUUCUACGUGAUGACCCUGAGCGGCAGCGUCACCAUCCUCACGCUGGCCGCCGUCAGCCUGGAGCGCGUGGUGUGCAUCGUGCGGCUGCAGCAAGGCGCGCGCGGCUCGGCUCGGCGAGUGCAGGCGGCGCUGCUGGCCUUCAUCUGGGGCUACUCGGGGCUCGCCUCGCUGCCCCUCUGCGUCUUCUUCCACGUGGUCCCGCAGAGGCUGCCGGGCGCCGACCAGGAAAUCCCGAUUUGCACACUGUCUUGGCCCAACCUCGCUGGCGAAAUUUCGUGGGAUGUGUCUUUUGUUACUUUGAACUUCCUGGUGCCAGGACUGGUCAUUGUGAUCAGUUACUCCAAGAUCUUACAGAUCACGAAGGCGUCAAGGAAGAGGCUCACCAUGAGCCUGGCAUACUCGGAGGACCACCAGGUCCGCGUCUCACAGCAGGACUACCGGCUCUUCCGCACCCUCUUCCUGCUCAUGGUCUCUUUCUUCAUCAUGUGGAGCCCCAUCAUCAUCACUAUUCUCCUCAUCUUGAUCCAGAGCUUCAAGCACGACCUGGUCAUCUGGCCAAACCUCUUCUUCUGGGUGAUGGCUUUCACGUUUGCCAACUCGGCUCUAAACCCCAUUCUCUACAACAUGUCGCUGUUUAGGAAUGAAUGGAGGAAAAUACUGUGCUGUUGCUGCUCGCUCCCAGAAAAGGGAGCUAUUUUUACAGACACAUCUGUCAGAAGAAAUGAUUUGUCUGUGAUUUCCAGCUAA